UCUGAGCUGCUUUUUUUCCCUCCCAGUAGCUGGACCGCUGCCAGUGUCUUGCAGGGCCCAAGUUUUAUCUAUAGGGAUCUCUUUCUCGGAGCAGCCCAGCUGCACACAGGCUGCCUGCGACCGAAUCCACGCUCCUGGGGCGCGUUGAAGUCGGGAGAGGAGCAGCAGCAGGGGUGCUGUUUGUGCCUCUCCUCCAGCUAUUCCUGUCAAGAUGGAUUUAUGACUUUAAAAGGGGGGGGAAGGAAAAUUGCCUACAGGAGCCAGAGCUUCCACGACAGCCCAGCACACAUAAAGAAGCAGCCGGAUCUCGAGGCAUGAGCAACGUAGAAGUGGCACCCUGGGAUCUGGUGGAUCCUUGCACGUAAUAUGACUGAUCUUAAGCCUUUCAUCUGCCUUCACAGAGCCGAGCUUUUGGAUUUAAGGUAGUUUGCCCAGGACCAGACUUUGCUAUGUUGGCCAAGACAGUGCUUUCUCUUGGUCUGUGGCUGCAGUUUGCUGCGGGACAGAACACACCUGAGAGAGGUCCCCAGCCCUCUGUUUCCAACUCAGAGGGGGAUCUCCUCUUCUUACUGGACAGCUCUGGCAGCGUCUCCUACUAUGAGUUUUCCAGGGUCAAGGAAUUCAUGUGGGACCUUGUACAACCCUUCACCUUUGGCCCCAAAGAUGUCCAGACCAGCAUCAUCCACAUCAGCACUACACCCACCAUGGAGUUCCCGUUUGACCGGUACCAGUCCAGUGGUUCUCUACAACAAGCCAUCCGGGACACUCGGCAGCUCAUGGGUGACACCAACACAGGCAAAGCACUCUCCUAUGCCAAGGAGAAGCUCUUCAGUAAUGAAGCUGGUGCCCGGCCUGAUGUACCCAAGGUACUGGUUUGGGUGACGGAUGGUUUCUCCACUGAUGACAUCUCUGAACCCAUGAAGCUGCUGAAGGACAUGGGAGUAACAGUGUUCAUCGUCAGCACGGGACGAUGGAACUACCUGGAGCUCUCUGCUGCUGCCAGCCAGCCUCCUGAGAAGCACCUGCACUUUGUGGAUGUUGAUGAUUUAACCAUCAUCACCAAAGAGCUGCGAGAUUCUAUCCUAGAUGUUAUCCAAGCUAAUCGGCUCCAUGCAGUAGAUAUCACCUCAAGCAGCUUCCGCCUGGUGUGGCCCAAACUCCUCUCCCAAGAAACUGGCUACUACACCCUAGAGUAUGCUCCAAUAGAUGAUCUAGCAAGGAAGAGGACAAAUCAAGUGUCUGGGGCUCACACUAGCCUCACGCUGAGCAACCUUGCACCAGAAACUACGUACGAGGUGGCACUCAUUCCUGAAUCCAACAUCCACUACUUCCCUCCCCAGACAACAAGGGUUACUACCCUGGCAGAGGAAAUAAGCCCAGCCCAGGUUUUCAUCUCUGAGUCUGGGCCACACAGCUUCCAUGUGAGUUGGGCUCCUACCCUGGACAGUGUGGUCAGCUAUCAGGUCCUGUAUGGACCACUGCCUGGGAACUCGGUGAAGCUGCUGGAGGUGGAUGGUGAGCACAAUGGCACCGUGGUGGAGAACCUGGCAGCCAACACAACCUACCUGGUGACAGUGACUGCGAUCUACAGAUCAGGAAAGGAGAGAUCCCUGUCAGCUAAAGCAUGCACCCAGGAAGAGGGCUCCAAAGUGAGGCACCUUCGCUUUGAAGACAUGGGCCCCAACACCCUGAAAGCCUCCUGGGACUCUGCUGAUGGGAAGGUCCUUGGUUACAGAGUGAGAUGCCGGCGGCAGACGGGCCCUUCGUCUGUCAUCAGUGUGUCACCACAGAUCCACAGCGUGCUCCUCACAGACCUGCCUGCAGGCACCACCAACAAAGUGUGUGUGAAGCCCAUGUACAAGAACCAGGCAGGCAAAGGGCUGUGCCGCAUGGUGCACAUGCAGCCAGCUACCGAAGCCCAAGGAUAUAAGCACAGACAGAGAGCGUGACAGACUCUGGAAUGAACUGAUUCCCAGCAGAGCAAGGAAUCUUGCUUGGGCAAAGACUUGGACAAAAAGGAGGGGUCAGGAAGGGGACUGGAAAGCUCACAGAUCAUCUCCCAACCUGCACUGUCCAUUGAGAUGUCCUGGUUGUCAAGCCUAAAGGCUGCCCUCAGCCGAGUUCUCCCAAAGCUUAAAGGUUUGGCUUGGCAGUAUGGAACAGCCAAUCCGACUAAUAGAUCCCAAAUCUGUACCCUCUUUUAUAUCAAUGCCUGACAAAUAACAAACCAAAGGCCAAGUGCUGAAUCCUCACUCUUGCUUGCUUACUGCCUGUGCUCUAUUUAUUAAAUGUUGAUGCAGUUUUAUUUCUGCAGCUUAUGAACAUGUUCACAACAGGCUGUUUAUACCCUGCCCUUUCCUUCUGGGCACCUGCACCCAGAGAAAGACUACACGUGGCCAAAUCCAUUUGUGCUGUCAACUGCCACUGGAGCUGAGACUUGACAAAGAGCAGCUUUCCUCCAACUCAUCCAGUGAACUCUACAGGUAGCUCAAAUGAGGCAUCCCAAAAGUAUAGCAUGGAAGGGAAAGGCAUUAGCAGAAAGAGGAGUAACAGAAAUGUACAGAAUGCAGAGGAGAUUGGGUCAAAGCCACCAGGAUUUCUGAGAAGAGGAAGAAAAGAGGUUGUUAACCCACUUGGCCUUUGGCCAGGACAUGGAGGAGGCGCUAUAAAAACCAUCCUGCCUUUUAUAAAGUGCCAGGACAGUUCAGUGUUCCCAGAUGGGCUUUGGUUUAUGGCAGAGUUUAGUCAGUGAACUCUGACAAACAGAAUGAUAGGGCCAUGCUGAGGUGCAUGAGCACUGUCAGAGGGCUCCAGCAGAGAAGUUUGCUCACACUCUGCCUGCUGCAUUCUUGAGUCUCAUCAACGCUGUUCCACUUCUCCCUGUGACAUUGGUAUUAAAUUCAUCUGCUGGAAUGACAUACAGAUCCCGGAUGGACUUUGAAAGGUUCCAUUUCCCCAAGUCAUUUGUCUUGGGGUUUGGUGUCAGUCAGAGAGCAGGAAGCUCAAAAACUUGGGAAUUUGCUUCCCCUGCAGGUUACUCUAUUUUAGAGCUCUCAGCCUUCAGCUGAGUCAAGGAGCAGCAGUGAGCCAAGAAAAGCCAGACAGCGAGAGCAUCUAAAGCAGGUAUUUGUUUCUCCUUCAAAUACACACCCCCAAACCAUAGUGCAGAACUGCCUGGGUCAUGACCACUGUAUUACUGUGGCAUACCUGCAACUAGUUUCAUCAAAUUGGAUGCAAUUCCUGCAUCCAGCAGGAGAUUAAUUAGCCUGUUCGGUGACUAAGUAUGGACAGUAAGUAUCAUUCCAGGCUCUAUCCUCUGCUCUGAAAACACCGAGCAUAUCUUUUGUGUCUUGUCCUGGGCUUCCACCCACUGCUAAGCUUGAGCUACACUUAAAAAUUGGGUUUUUAGGGAAGAAGAGUAACUCUCAUUCUUUCCCUUUGGCCCCUGGCUUGAAUUUGCUGUCACAAAGCUACUCUCUGGAAAGGGUUGCUGGGGAAAGAAAGGACAAUUUUUCAUACCUAUUAACAAAGCCAUUGGAUCAUCAUGGUUCCAAAAUUGAGGGCUUAGGGCUGUAAAGACACGUAUAUAAUUCUGCUAACAAACCCCACAUCAGUGGGAACACCUUCCCUCAGCAAUGCUUGCUCUAUUUUAACUUCAUUGCUUGUUUGUCCUACACAUGGAACUGUGUUUUUAAGCUGUGCUGUAUGUUGGAGAGCCCCCACACAGUGUUUCUCCAUCCUGCAAACCCUCUGUUAGCUCUCCUUAUGGACUUCUUAAAACAGCUCCUUUGGAAGCUGUGAGGACCUUGUCUCCUGAGUGCUGAAUCCAUCAUGUCUAGGUUUAUGGAGCUUUUGCCUUGGGCUGUCUUCUUGUAGAGGAGAAAGGGAUAGGAGGGAGGCAAGUCAUUCAUUAACUCGAUAAGAAGAUUUCACAUGAUUUGUGUUCUCCUUUGGAAUGUGUGUUUGUGACUGAUUAAUCUUCAUGGCGAUGGUGUUGAGGGGAAGAUAAAGCCUCUGGAAUCUCUCAUGCAAUAAGAUAAUCUUGUUCAUUCUUGCUGUAGGACAAAGUAAUUCUGCAUAGCUCCCUGCGUAGUUGAUUAGUGCAUUAACAUGGCAUCCCCCCCAAUUGUAAUGCAUCAUUUUGAAGACAAUUAAAUAUACAAUACAAGAGCUACUGGAUGAUUACUUUGUUCUUGAUGGCAAUAAGGACAAAUCUGUUAAGAGCAGUUUUUGUUCUUAUGGGAGGUAUUCAUCUCAAUUUUAAAUGACUGGUAAGUAAGCAUUCCACCCAGGGUUUCAUAGUCUGCUUUACAUGGAAUUCCCCCAAAUAAAUGUGUCAAAUAUCCAAGUAGAAAUACAUCAGUCUCAAUGUCUCAGCUCCAGUAAUAAUUGUUUUACAAGGAGCCAAAGAGCAAAUAUCCCUUAAAUCUUGGCAGAACUGGUAGUGUUUGUGAACAUGAACAUUGCAGUGGGACAGGUAAGUUAGAUUAACCUUGUUUUAAUAAAGCCUAAUGAUUUCUA